AUGUUGAUUCAGAUAAAUAAACAAAAUGUAAUAUUUUGGGGAAAUGUUUUCUUUUCCUUGAAUUCACAAAUUCUCACACGCAAUUUUGGUAACUUACAAAGACUUUUUUGACUUUUGACUGAUUCAUCCAAAUGCCUAAUUUUCAAAUAUAAAAAUAACAAAUUUCAUCCUCAAACAUGAAAAAAGAAUUGACCUACUCACAAUUUACAAAAAAAAAAAAAAAAAGAACAAACAUGAAAAUGCAUCGCAUUCUCUCGAUAGUUUUGGCGAUUAUACUCGCUUUCUCGGUUGCAGAAGCUUUUCUCGAUGAAAAAACUCAACAAAUGGUCAACGGAAUCUGCAAACAGACAACGGAUACCAAAUUUUGCAGUAGUGUCUUGCUCAAGAACCUGAAUACUCUUCCCGCAAGUAACAAAGAUAUCAUGAACGUGACAGUAAGCGAAGCUGAAAGAUUCGCGGCCAACACUUAUUUCUUCAUCAGCACGCUUCUCAGGAAUGCUGGAGACGAGAGGCCUGAUCUUCAAGCGUGCGCCGAAGCUUAUGCUAUUGUGAACUCGGCGUUCACGAAUGCUGUAUCUUUCUUCAAGCAAGCUUACUACAAUAAGAUCGUCAAGAUCGAAAAGAAAGUUUCUACGGCUGUUGAUAUCUGUAAGACAGAUUUCUAUGUGCCCGGUUAUAAGAUCAAUCCGCUUGUUGAGAGAAACAGACAGACGAAGAUCUUAGUAUCGAUGGAAAAGAUUGUUAGUCAUAUGGUUUCUUCAUAAUAUGUUUGUUGUUGAAUCAUAAGAUAGUAGCAAAUGUUUACAGAAUUAUUCUAAAUUAAUAAUGGUUUCAGAAUUUUCUUA